AUGGUUCUGAUGUCAGAAUACUGGAUUCCUCGCCUUCCGUACCUGGGGUUGGUAUGGAAGCAGGAGGCAGACUCCUGUGUCUCCGGAGCCGGCGCCACUUCUGGCUCCAGCUCCUGCAGCCGCAACACCUCCAGUCAUCGCCACAGCGGUCUCUCCGCCCUCACCGCCACUACAGUCUCCCCCACUCCAGCCACACUUCCAGCCACACCUCUAGCUGCUUCAGCAGACUUUGCUCCUCUCGCCGCCGCUGCAGCCUCUCCGCCUGCAGCUGCCACUUUCUCCGUGUCUCCAGCCACCGUCCCCAUGUGGUCCCAGUGUUCCCUCCAAGUCCCUGCCCCCGGUGCUCCCUCCGAGUCCCUGCCCCCUGGUGCUCCCUCCGAGUCCCUGCCCCUCGUGGUCCCUCAGUCUCGCCCUCCUGGUGCUCCCUCCGAGUCUCCGCCCCCUGGUGCUCUGUCCGAGUCUCCGCCCCCUGGUGCUCCCUCCGAGUCUCCGCCCCCUAGUGGUCCCUCAGAGUCUCCGCCCCCUGGUGCUCCGUCCGAGUCUCCGCCCCCUGGUGCUCCCUCCGAGGCUCCCCCUCCUGGUGCUCCCUGCGAUUCUCCCCCUCCUGGUGCUCCCUCCGAGUCUCCGCCCCCUAGUACACCCUCCGAGUCUCCGCCCCCUGGUGCUCCCUCCGAGUCUCCGCCUCCUGGUGCUCCCUCCGAGUCUCCGCCCCCUGGUGCUCCGUCCGAGUCUCCGCCUCCGGGUGCUCCCUCCGAGUCUCCGCCUCCUGGUGCUCCCUCCGAGUCUCCGCCCCCUGGUGCUCCCUCCGAGUCUCCUACUGCUCCCUCGUCGCCUCCCGGUGUUCCUAGAGCUCCUGUGGCCCGGCAUCUGUGCCGCCGGACCUGCCUCCGGUGGUCCUGUACCUGCACCACCAACGCCUGCUGGACCCUCCCCAAGGGGUCCGCUUCCUGCGCCGACGUCGUCCGCCACACCUGCCUCCAAGGGCCCAGCCUCUCCUCCGCCUCCCACGACGGUCCGCCUCCUGCUCCUCUGCCCACCCUGGUUGGGCUGUGUUUUUGGUCCAAACAAAAACACAGUUUUUGUUGUUUGCUGGUCCAAACAACAAAAUAAAAUAAAAAUGGAUUCUGCUUUUUAGCUAUUCAAAAAACACAAAUUUUAACAUGCAGAAAAAUUAUUUUCUAUUAAAAGAGGUGGAAAGUUUAUUGAAUUAUUCAAGUUCAGAUGUGCUAGAAGACAAAAGCUAACCUGCCUAAAAAUCAUAAAUAAUUUAAGAAAAUAACUCAUCUGAAAUUUCUUUUCAAUAAUACAAAAUUAGAAUAUACAAGACCCACUUACUAAGGAAUAGUUAGAAAUAUAUAGUAACAAGUCCAAGUAAAGUUGAUACAGUAAAUAAUAUUUUCAAAUAUUUUCAGAGCGAAAUUAUAAAUUUACUUAAUUUGUGAUUUGCGGUCACAUUUAGAGACUAAAUUAAAUAAAGUCAAGAUAGAGAAAAUAAUUGUUGGUAAUUAGGUUUUGCAUUUACAAAUGUUAAAAGUUAAACACUAUCAAAAUUCAGGCAGAAAAAAAAUUGUUUAACUGAGAAAAACUGGA